AUGGCACAGCAGCAGCAAAACAGGCUGGCAGCUCCACCAGAAGAAGCAAGUGCGGCAGCAGCAGCAGCAGCAAGUGUCUGGUGUUUCUUCGAGGAUGAAGCUACAAUGAGAAACGACGAGAGCAGCAGCAGCCAAGGCGCAAGGGGCAGUUUCAAUGGCAGCUCCUGUAAUAGCAGCACAACGGCAACAAGCAAGGACACCAGUCCACUUGGACCGAGGGGGGAUGCCGACGGGUUCGCUCAGGCAAGCAGGACGAACAGCAGCAGUAGCAGUUCCAGCACAUCCAACCGCGAAAAUUCCAGCGGUGCUACAGCAGCUGCUGCAGUCGUUGCAGCAGCUGUUGCAGCAGCUGAGGGGGCACUACCAGUGGGCAGUACCAACAGCCCCCGUAGCGUUGGCAUGGGAACCUCAACCACCAUCGGCACUCCCAACGUUGCGACCGCUACUAGCGUAGCCCAUUAUCAAACCUCAACCACCCCUGAUGCCGUCCACGUGGCGCACAAGGUAGUAACGGCGCAACAGGGGAAUGAAGGCGGGCCUUUCGAUGGUGCAGCUCCUGCUGCAGGACUAGGAAUACCUCAUGCAGAUGUAGAGGCAGCAGCAGGAGAUGAAGCCACGGAGUCAUCAUCUGAAGGAACCACCGAGGCAACAGUAGUGGCAGGCAUCCGCAAGCUGGCAGAGACCAGGCUAGGCUAUGCCUCGGACAUCGGGGGUCAACUACAGCAAACUGCACAGCAAAUGGCAGCCAAGAAACACCCUGAAGAAGAUGCCAGCAGCGCCAACUGGUAUCUCCACAAGAGACACACAUUCAUUUUCUCAUAUUCGGGCAAGCCCGUUUACUCCCGCUACGGCAAGGAAGAGAACCUUGGCUCCUUUGCGGGGGCGCUGUCAGCAAUCGUUUCAAAGCUGGAAAGGUUUCGUGGCGACAAGCCACCAGAUGUUGUUCGGCAUUUCCGUUUCUGCGGCGGUCGCUUUGUAUUCCUUUGUCGAGGCCCCUUCUAUCUGGUCAUCUUCGAUCGACAGAACUUGAAUAACAACACUGCUAGAGCGUAUCUCAUGCUGCUACACAGACAGCUGCUGUGUAUUCUGACAAAGGAGGUAGAGCGCACCCUUCUCAUUCGUCCGAGCUUUGACGUCCGGCCGCUUAUGGGUGGCACGGACGGGAUAUUUCGCGGGCUUCACCAUAUGUACUUUCAUUCCAUGCUCUCCGUCCUGCUGCCCAUGUUGAUGCAAAAGAACUGCGCUGCCGUGGACGCAUCUGGGGCAACAGCCGCACCCGCAGCUGCGACUGCAGAGCAGCUACAACAGCAGCAACUGCUGCAGGAGCAGCAGUCCGCUGCUCUGGCGAUAAGCGGAGCAUUCGAGCCGCUGCCCCUCAGCAGCACGAUGAGGCAUAUUGCAUGCACCGCAGUCAAGAACAGCCCCACCCCCAAUGUCCUUGCCACCAUGCUGCUUGCGGAGCAGCGCGUUGUUGCACUCUCCUAUGCAAAGGGAUACGAACUUAGCCCGACGGAUGUCUGCUUGUUGACGAACUUCGUAAACUCUUCUUUAGCCCUCCGGCAGCUGGAAAGCUGGACGCCGCUAUGCAUUCCCACCAUUAAUGACAGGCAAGUUUUCUUAUUUUGCGCGCAAUCAUCUAUCAGGGCCUUUCUGCAUGCCUACAUCCGCUUCCUGACACCCCGUGUCGCAUUCGUCUCCAUUUCCUCCCCCGCCGACUCCAUCAGGUUCCACGAACUCGCCAGCCACUGCAACAAACUCUUCGCGGUGCGAUCCAUUAUUGGGUUUAAGGUUCACAGGGAAUCAGGAAUCACAGCUAAAUUCCAAAAUUUGGGAUUUAGGCCUGCGAAUGAGCGUUUAGCUAUCUCUAUGCUAGCUGACGAUGCUAACGAACACUGGCUGCCUCGCGGCGAUCGAAACUUCUCUUGAAUACGCUCCAUAUGCACUGCUGUCUACUCCCUGUACACGAGCGCGGCGGAGAUGGUUCAGUGUGCAAAACGCCCAGCCCACUCCUACAUCGAAACAACAGAUGAGAAGGUGUAUGUGUGGCUGGCGGCGGAUUUCUUCUUCUUCUGCUGUGUCCCCCGAUGGAUAGAUAUGGCAACUGCGUUGGUGGAACAGCUCGCCAAAUGGAUUCGGGAGCAACAGCCAUUCCUCUUCAUAACUAACAUUCCCCCCCUCGUCCAUACACCGGUCCCGAAAUAA